CCCCUGCCCCCUGGUCCCGCCCCUGGACCAUGUCGGGCCGGCAGCGAGGCGAGGCGGGGCGGGGCGGGGCCCCUGUCAUUAGCGCGUGAGCGACGAUGAUGCGCCAGUCACCUCAGAUGCCGGCCCGCUGCCGAUGAUACCUCCGGUCGACGACGUUGCCGACGUGGUACAGGCCUGACCAUGGAGUGGUUCGACCACCUGGACGACAUGGUGCUGACGGGCGCCACGGCGUCGGCGCCGCCCGACGUGGUGAACGCCACCAACGCGUCCGACGUCCUGAUGGUGGAGGCGCCCGGCUGCCCCGAGGUGGUGGCGGUCCGCUACCGCAGCCACCUGUUCGACGUGGACCUGGCCGUGCCCGAGUGGGAGGCGGUGCUCACGGCCGUCACGCUGCUGUCCAUCAUCAUCGUGACGGUGGUGGGCAACGUGCUCGUCAUCCUCAGCGUGUUCAGCUACACGCCGCUGCGCAUCGUGCAGAACUUCUUCAUCGUGUCGCUGGCCGUGGCCGACCUCACGGUCGCCAUCCUGGUGCUGCCGCUGAACGUGAUGUACGCCAUCCUGGGCCAGUGGGUGUUCCCCAUGUGGGUGUGCAAGAUGUGGCUGACGUGCGACGUCAUGUGCUGCACGGCGUCCAUCCUGAACCUGUGCGCCAUCGCCCUGGACCGGUACUGGGCCAUCACGGACCCCAUCAACUACGCGCAGAAGCGCACGCUCCGCCGCGUGCUGCUCAUGAUCGCCUUCGUGUGGGUCUUGUCCUUCAUCAUCUGCUCGCCGCCGCUGGCCGGCUGGAACGACUGGCCUGACGUGUUCGAGCCCAGCACGCCCUGCCAGCUCACCUCCCAGCGCGGCUACGUGGUGUACUCGUCGCUCGGCUCCUUCUACAUCCCGCUCGUCAUCAUGAGCGGCGUCUACGUGCGCAUCUUCAUCGCCACCAAGCGCCGCCUGCGCGACCGCGCGCGCGCCUCCAAGCUCAACGCCGUGCGGCAGACCGUCGCCUCGGAGAACCACAGCAACUACCACCGCAGCAAGAGCAACCAGGCGGACCAGGAGUCCGUCAGCUCGGAGACGAACCACAACGAGCACAGCAGCGGCGGCAGCUUCCGCCGCGACACCAAGAAGCGCCGCAAGAAGAACAAGAAGAAGUUCUGGAAGGACGACAAGAACAAGGUGACGGCCAACCAGCUGCUGGUGCCGACGCCGUGCCCCGGCGGCGCGGGCGGCGUGGGCCCGCCGGAGGACUCGGGCGCCACCAACACCACGGGCACGAGCAGCCAGACCAGGUCCAGGGACUCGAGCCAGCGCCGCACCGAGGACGCCAAGGACGCCAAGGACGACCACCAGGACGGCGCCGAGCCCCCCGCCGCCUGCGUGGUCCUCAUCCCCACCCCCGCGCCCGCCCCCGUCAACAAGAGGCCCACGCAGGUGUUCCAGUUCAUCGAGGAGAAGCAGCGCAUCUCCCUGAGCAAGGAGCGGCGCGCCGCGCGCACGCUGGGCAUCAUCAUGGGGGUCUUCGUGUUCUGCUGGCUCCCCUUCUUCCUCAUGUACGUCAUCCUGCCCUUCUGCGAGUCGUGCUGCCCCACGGACAAGUUCAUCAACUUCAUCACGUGGCUGGGCUACAUCAACUCGGCCCUCAACCCCAUCAUCUACACCAUCUUCAACCUCGACUUCCGCCGCGCCUUCAAGAAGCUCGUGAACCGGUGUUUCCCGAGUUGCUUCAUGAUGUGAUCCGGACGGCCAGAGUGAGACGGACGCUCUUACAGUGGUACGCCGCAUGGAGGGGCGGUCUGCGUGCGCCGCCCCUCCAACGCCUUGCUUGUCCGUCGUGUUUUGUUACGUUUUUAUAGAGUGAAAAAAAAUUGUGUAGCACUUUUGGGCGGAGCAGCCCAGGACAAUACACUCGAGGUAAAGUUAUGUCUUCUUACUACUUUAGUCGUGCUACCAGAUUUCCUGAGCCCUUAUGUCUUAGGUCUUUAUUCUAGUGGGCUUUAUCUAUUUGUUUGGGGUGAGGUCUCAACGGGACGAAUUCAUCAAGGUUGUGUCCAAAAAAUAUACUGUAGUUAGUUUAAAAUAAAUUGUGUACAGUAUUUUAAUCUUUAUGCCGCCGUGGUGGCGCGUCCAGUAUAGAGGUCAUCCAUAUCUCUAAGAGUGGAACAAACUAUUUGUAACAUAGCACUCAAAAAUUUCAGCUGAAAACAUUCCCGUUACAUUUUUAACAGAGUAGAACCUUUGAAAUUGUGUAGUCUCACUACGGUUCAAAUUGUAAGGUAUGAAGACUUAUUUUGUUCUGUCUCGUGUUAUUGUGAGUCAAGAGGCGACUGAUCUCGCCUCUUCAUAGUUUCUCCCACCGCGUAAGGGAGGGUCCAUUAUUUACGUAACUCCUUGGGGAACAGGGACCUUUCCAUUAAAAAUGAAGAAGAUCUCUAAUCUCCUCUCCCUCCCAAAGAAUAAAUUAUUUAACUCCUGAACCCAUAGCCUUAUGUAAUUAAUGGACUGCCUCUAGCCUGCUAGUCACUAAUCUAAAGAUUUUAUUUUGAUUUUUAAGAACAGACAUGUUUGUGCCAAUUUGCAGCUUAGGAUGGGAAGGGUUGUCAUUGGGUUUGCCAUACAUUUUUGCCAAGGAUUGUUGUUUGACGAUUGUUUUGGAGGUUUUGACGACCGGUUUCGUGCAAGUUUCCAGUCGAAAGAAAAGUGUGAAAAAUGCGGGGAACGAUUGUUUUAGAAUGAUGUUCAGACAAUGCAAUACUCCUCCAAAUGUGAUUUGAGAGUUCAUGGUGCGCUGGGCUUGAGCCAAUCCUGUGUGAAAGGUGCGCACGCCGAAGCCACUGUGAGCUUCUCAAACUUUGGUGUGAACUUGCUCAACUUCCGUCGUGAGAUGAACAAAGUACAAAGCAUUUUCCAUGCCUGAGCGUGGGAGACCAUUGUGAUAAAGUAUUGCUCGAUGAACUGACGCUGUCGUCGGCCGAGGCUCUCGAGAGUCGCGGUGCUUCUUCGAUACCUCGAAGCGGGGAGACGAGAAAGGUCAAGGGGAGCCAAUCAAGGUGGCCCGGGAUUUCGGUUUCGUAAAGACGCGGUGUGUCCUGAAAAUUUAAACAUCGGUUAAGGUCAAAAAGUGUGCGAGGAAAAACGAAAAAUGGACGUCACUCUUGUACCACGCCGCACAGUCCAUUCAAAAACUUUGAACCUUUUCUCGGAAGGAAAUUCACCUCCGCUCUCGACUUGAGUUUUUAUUUAUUGUCUUAAGUUGUUUUUAUGGAAAUUCGAAAGAAAAAAAGCAGUGUAGCUGAGAGGAAUAAAUGUGAUAACUGCCAAAAAGCAGGCCACUUAAUAAC